CAGUGUUUUCAGGGCGUCCUUGACGAUCGGACGUGUUUGUGCAUAUAUUUCCGAAAUAUAUUGCAAAUCGUGACCAUUUGUGUGUAAAAUAUACGAGAAUUUAUUUUUUGUUGUGCGUCUAUGAUAAAAAAAAAUGUAUUUGUAAAUUGAAGUGAAAAUCAAAUCCUUAUGAAUGUAUAAUAAACUAAAAUGACAAAACAAGUGAUUUAAAUAAUUUGAUCGAUGUGUGGCAUAUGAUAUUAUGGUAUUGUGUUCAAAUCAGUGACUGCAAAGGAUGCGUAAAAUAGCCCAUCGGACAUGUUUCUUCGUAAGCCGAACUAUUUACAUGGCAUGCUGCUGCGGAUGUUGCUCCGCUCUCCGGCCGCGCUACAAGCGGCUGGUGGACAACAUCUUCCCAGCGUCUCCUCAAGAUGGCCUGGUCAAGUCGAACAUGGAGAAGCUCACCUUCUACUCCUUGUCCAGUCCGGAAAAGUUGGACAGGAUUGGAGAGUAUCUGUUCCAAAAGGCUUCAAGGGAUAUUUACCGGCGCAGACAUGGGUUCGUAAUAAUAGCGAUGGAGGCGAUGGACCAAUUGCUGGUGGCGUGUCACUCGCAGACCCUAAACUUAUUUGUGGAGAGUUUCCUCAAGAUGGUGCAGAAAUUGCUCGAGUCCACUGAUCCACAACUACAGAUAUUGGCAACACAGAGCUUCGUCCGUUUCGCGAACAUAGAAGAGGAUACGCCAUCCUACCACCGUCGCUAUGACUUCUUCGUGUCGAAGUUCUCAGCGAUGUGUCACAGCAAUCAUAACGACAAACCGACCCGGGAGAACAUACGGCUAGCCGGGAUACAAGGGCUGCAGGGCGUGAUAAGGAAGACCGUGUCUGACGACCUCGUGGAGAAUAUUUGGGAGUCCCAGCACAUGGACAAGAUUGUGCCGUCGCUGCUGUACAAUAUGCAGACCGCAGAGAAAUAUGAAACGGUUUCCUGUAUGGAGACAGACACCCGAGACGGUCUUGAAGAUGAUCCCCCACGUCUGGCCGAGGCGUGUCUGCGCGAACUGGUCGGUCGAGCCUCCUUCGGACACAUUAGGAGUGUUCUCAGACCUGUCCUCACACAUUUCGAUCGUCAUGAACUAUGGGUGCCGACUGAUUUCGCUGUCCACACCUUCAAGAUUAUCAUGUUUUCUAUUCAGGCCACGUACUCGUACAGCGUGGUGGAGGCGCUGCUGCAGCACCUGGACGCGGGCGCCGGCACGCGCGUGCGCGCCGCCCGCGCCGCCGUGCUGGCCGCCAUCGUCGCCUUCGCCGCCGGCGACAGCGUGGGUCCAUCUGUCUUGGAGAUCAUUAACAAUCUCCUGACGAACUUACGGGCGUCCGUUGCAAGAGACUCCGAGAAAGAAUCAGACGAGAAGUUAUAUCAAGAGGCGCUGAUAAACGCGCUGGGAGAGUUCGCAGACCACCUCCCCGACUUCCAGAAGAUAGACAUCAUGAUGUUCAUCGUUAGCAAGAUACCGAACCAGCGCGGGAAGGGCACGAAGGCGGACUCCAUGCUUCAGAGCAUAUUGUUGAAGUCACUUCUUAAGGUGGGCACGACGUACGCGACGACGGAGCUGAGCAAGGCGUUCCCCGCGGCGUUCCUGGACGCGCUGCUGCGGCUGGCGGGCGCGGGCGCGGCGCCCACGCGCGCGCUGCUGCAGCGCAUCCUGCACACGCUGCUCGACCGCCGCGGGAACGCGCGCGCGCUCGCCGCGCCCACGGUGGACUACGAGAAGCUGGGCCUCGUCGUGGAGAAGUGCUCCCGCCCCGAUCUGAUAUUCAUCGGCAAACACGGAUACGCUAUCUUCAGCUCGUUGUACGAUGGUCUGCAGCUGGAGUCCAACACCGUGGAGAACGUGUGCGCGAUCUACACCACGCUGGCGCUCCUGUGCGUGGAGCUCGCCUCCGAGGAGACCGUCUGCGACAUGCUGCAGCUCAUACUGUCCAUGCAGCAGUCUGCGCUGAGCAACCCGGUGCUGUCGGUGGCGCAGGCGUGCCGCGUGCACGCCGCGGCGCUGGCGCUGCUGGCGCUCGUGCCGCACGUGCUGCUGCUGCCCGCGCUGCGCGACUACGUGGCGCAGAUCAUAGAAGCUCGACGCGAGGAAGCUCCUCAUCUCCUACCGCCUCUGCUGGAGGAGUACGACUUGCCGCCAUCGAAAAUGCCGAACAAGCUGCCCUACCUUAUGAUCGAUCAGAUGGCGCUGUCGGAGUGCCUGAAGGCGAGCGGCGUGGAGGCGCGCCUGCAGCCCGCCGCGCCGCUGGCCGGCAGCGCGCUGGCGCACCGACACAGCUGGGUCGAGGCCGGCGCAGCUCAGGGUAGGGACAGUUUGGCGGACAUAUCUGCUGGACCCAAUACUGAGCUGGACAGUGCGAACAGCUCGCCGGGCGUGCAGCGGCACUGCGGGGGCGGCGAGAACGUGAGCCUGGAGGCGCUGCGGCGCGCCGCGUCGGGCCCGAGCGACGCCGAGCGCCGCGAGGCGGAGCGGCGCCGCGCCACGCUCAACGACACCUUCCGCACCGCGCCCUUCGACCACCUGCUGCUCAUCACGCAGCCCAAGUACGAGAUAAAGGAGAAACUCGAAGAAAUCUUCAACUCGUUGUCCGAGGAACCGCUGCUAGGCGUCGGCGUGGGGGGCUCCCCCGCGGGCAAGCCAAGCCCCUGCACCAAGUACUUCCCCGAACUAUUCCUUUACUAAUGGCAGAAAAUAUAUGCCUUUCAUCAAUCAAAUGUAUUCCGUAGUCGCUUCGCAUAACGUAUUCUAUACAAUACUAUACGCUUCCGUUUGUUUUAUAAUAUCUUAUAAAAGUUGCUUAGCGGCUGUUUAAUUAACAUUGAUUUCUCUCACUCUGUCAUUAUUGAUUUGACAUUCGAAAGAAGAAGACACAGCAUUGUUUAACUAAUCACCCGCUAAAUAAAGUUUAUAAACAAGGCCGUUAAUUAUCUAUUUAUUAGAUUAUAUUUGAUAUAAACAGCAAUUUCUUGUCGCUGACACAAGGUAAGGGAACAAAUUGACGUAACUUAAAAAUUUAGUUUUUUUAUUUAAUCAUUUUUUUAUUAUUUAUAAGUUUGCCACUUUGUUCCCCUAUCGAACCCGUUCGUUAUAGAUAUAGCUGCGAGUAUUGUGAAAUUAUUAUAAUGUAAUAUUAUUACACGUGACAAAAUGUUUAAAUUAAUACAUAUAUAUGUACAGAAAUGUAUGUAAAUUAUAAUGGCUUCCGUACAAAUUGGUUGCUACCAGUAUUUCCCUGUUUAAUUACAAUUUUUAUUAUCUAAAUAUUAAAUUAAAUCUCCUGUGAACAGUGAUUUCAAUACAUGGGAAAUAUUUUAAUAUGUUUUUAAAUGUUAAAAUAUUAAUAUAUAAUAAAUGUCAUAAGCCUGGUUGCUAUAAUCAAAAGACGCUUCGUUUUGCUUCCGGAUAUUAGAAUUCUCUAAUUUACUUGAUUGAAAUAAUGUCUGUACUGUCUGAUUGAAAUCUAUUAUGUUCAUGAAUUUCAUAAAGGUCGGUAGACUGGCCCCCUAAGUGAUCAACCGCCCAUAGACAUUGGUUUAAGAAAUAUUAACAAUCCAUAAUAUAGUCAAUGGACCGACCACCAACCUUGACCUAAGAUGUUAUGUUCAUUUACACUGUAGGCAAUUUACAAUUAGCAUUCACCUUUCAAACCGCAACGAUACAAUACUACUGUUGCUAAUAAAGUCUACCCAGACAAAACCCUACCACCAAGCAUAUAUAUACGCCAGUGUUUCCCGACGUGGGGCCCAUGCCUCACUUUAAUAGUACCAAUGGUACCUUCUGAAAAACGCCUCGUAGACAAAACGAAUCGUUUCUUGAAGUAAACAGGGCGUCAAUAUUAUCAUUUUAAAUUAUUUUGGUUAAUACAAUAAAUGGGGAUUGUCAAUGGAAUUGAUUAUUAAAAUGUAAUAAAAUAAUAAAAAUGUAUUAUUUGAGAGUAUAAUCUUUAUGGGUUACAUUCUAACGCGGUGAUGUUUACGGUUGGUGGUGAACUGGGUGACGUGUUUAUUAAAUAUAUGAUAUUUGACAGUAUUUAAGAAUGCAAUUAAAGUGUAAAAUGUUAUUUAAUUUUAAUUUUUAUAUGAACUAUGUAAGUUGAAUGUAAUAGAAAAACAAUUUUGUUAAUAUCAUUUUAAUUACAUAUUUUUAUGUAAUAUAAUAUAUAUUUUGUAUUGUAUUUCUUAUACCUACCGAGGAAUAUUUGAAUUGAUUGUUUAGACCUUUAUGUUAACCGAAUAAGAUCCAUUUUUGCAUGUCAUAACUACCCAUACAAUAUAAAGGCAUAAUUUGACUUGUCACUUAAUUACACUUAACUAUAUAACUUAAUACAUUCAAAUUUGAAUCUUAUAGAAUUAUACAUAAAGUUCAAUCUAAAUGUUUUAAUCAUUCCAGUCUAAUGUAUCCGAGAUAUUAAUAAAGGAAUCUCGCUUGUAAUCAUUUAUUAUGUGAACAGUACGGUCGGCAACAAAAUAGAUUAAUUGAUAUAUUGACGCACAAGAAUACUGAUUUUUUAUAUUUAAAAUAAAUUGUGAUGAUUGAAAGAUUGAUGUAGGUGACAAUAAUUAUGUUCAUUCCAAAGAUAUUUGUCUGAUCCCUAUACACAUAAUACAUUUUCACUGUUUGUUAUUCGUGAAAUUAUGGUUCCGUUAAGAGAACAAUGAACACAAUUGCAUAAUAAAAUAUGUUAUUUUUUUGCCGACGGUACUCAAUUUUAUAUAACAAAAAGCUACAGUUUUUUUUUGUAUUCCGAUAUUAUAAAUUGUUUUACAACUAGGCCCUAGAUAUUUUAUACGCGUUUACAGUUUUGAUUUGUAUAUGACUUGAUUAGCAAGAAGAGAUUUCUAGCUACGUUGCUGUAUUUAUAAAAACUUUGAUUAUAAAAAAAUUUAUAUGUAUAUAUGUUCGAUGUCAAUACGACAUCACCUACCCGCUAUUGAUAUUAAUGAAUUUUCUAACUUUUUCAUAAUCAAAUCUUCACUAUGUUAAAAAUAAAAAAGUAGCACUUCCAAUAUUGUAGUUAAAUAUUAAUCUAUGGUUAGUAAAUUACGUUUACCUCAAAUUUCUAAUAAAAAAACACUAAAUUAAGGACCAAAAAAUAACUUUUAUCAUUAUUAUGAGAACGUAUAACAUAUAAAUUAUAAUUAGUUAUUUUUGGCAUAUAUAAAGGAUUUUUGAAAAAAAAAAAAUUAGCCAUACAAUUUGAUUGAAAAUUAACAGCUAAACAGUUCUUAUACUUUUCAUUUGUACUUGAUAAGGUAAAGGGAGGUACGGGAAGAAAUUAAAAAGUAAACAGGGAAGUAUGGGUGACUUCGAAUUUUAUAAGUCUGAAAUCAAUUAUUGCAGCACAUAAUAUAGCACCUCAAAUUAUAUAAACAUUUUAAAAAGCUACGUUUUUUAAUCUGCCUUUCAAAUAUGUCGAUAAUGUAGAAGUUAUACUAUAUAACAGAGUUGCUGGACUAUUGGUGGUUUGACUGUCUAUAGUUGGCCUCGAAAACUAUUCAGGAUAUCGAAAGUAUGGUCAUGUGUCAAUACUAUCGUUAGGAAUUCUUUCAGUAGUAACGAUUUAAUAAAACUACUGCUGUUUAGCUGCUUGUAAAAAAAUGAGAUAUAAAAAAAACCCGCUCAGUUUCUUUCGCCGGUUCUUCUCAGGUCUGAGGUGCUUAUUUCCGAACCGGUGGUAGAUUUAUGACAAUCAAUAAGCAAGUGUAACGCUUCUAUAAAGAUCUUUGACUUUGACUUCAAAACAAUCGAUAAAUUAUUGACUUUUUUUUUAUAGAAUAGGAAGGCGGACGAGCAUAUGGACCACCUGAUGGUAAGUGGUCACCAACGCCCUUAGACAUUGGCAUUGUAAGAAAUAUCAAUGUGCAACCAACCUUGGGAACCAAGAUGUUAUGUCCCUUGUGCCUGUUAUUACACUGGCUCACUCACCCUUCAAACCGGAACACAAAAAUAUCAAGUAUUGCUGUUUUGCGGUAGAAUAUCUGAUGAGUGGGUGGUACCUACCCAGACGAGCUUGCACAAAGCCCUACCACCAGUAUUGAUAGAAUGAUAUCGAAAUUUUAAAUGAAUUUUGCAAUACUAUCAAAUCCAAUGAAUCGAUAACAUUGCUGUUAUCAAUAGUAUUAUUCAUAAUGAGCUAUCAAUAUUAUGGAUAAUACUGAUAGUAUUCACACGUGACUACAAUAUCGAUAUUGUCGAUACAGUUAUUUACACUUUAACUAUCGAUAAACAAUCGAUUGUCUAUCGACAGUGGACUAUCGGCAUGCAACACUACUCUACAAUACAUUCUAGGGCCUGAAAUUAAUGUAAUUUGUAUUUCUAUUGACAUAUAUACUGUUGUUAUUGUUCUUAAUUAUCGUAAUCUUAGGUAAUUAGGUUGUGUUCAAACAAUAAUAAAUGUGGUUCGAACGAUA